AUGCCUCGAGCGCCUCGUCGAGCAGCGCAUCAAGCCCGCCAGAAUGAAGUCACAGCAACGCCCACUCGCAAUGCACUGACAGCAGAGAUCCCUCCUUUUAUGCUCGAAACUCCGCCACAUGCCCCAUUUCUCACUACGCCGCUGCCUCCUUCAAACAAUCCAGCUGCUACGACUGUCCCUGAGGCUAACGCGCCGCAGCGGCAGCAGACCCGGAAUCAGCAGACCCCCGCAGGCAAUGGCAAUGGCAAUACACAGAAUGAUGCUCCGGAACAGUCACAGCUUUCGCAACCUCUUGUGCCCACCUCUGAGAAUGGAAAUGAAGACGACCAGUCCUUCCUAGAGUCGGUUCACCACGAUAUUGACGAUGCUCGACAACUACGAGGGCUCCGGGAUAUUUCGUCCUUAGCGACAUGGACCUUAUCCUCAGCGAAGCCCGGCUGCGCCCUACCCCAGCUACGGAACCCCAGCCCGAGUUUCUUUUGGCAGAGCGACGGGCCACAGCCGCACACCCUGACACUCCAUUUCUUCAAGCUUGUUGCUAUUGUGAAGAUGAGGAUCUACCUGGAUUUUGAGCUGGAUGAGUCUUACACACCCACCAAGAUGAAGUUCUACGCAGGUAUGUCUGAAGGUGGCUUGGUGGAAUUUGGCACAUGGGAGGUCACGGAGACGGCAGACCCAGAAUCAGGAGAAAUGCACAGCAGCAUCGAAGGGGUCAGAGGAUGGAUUGAUGUCCCGUUGAAGGGCGUAGGUGGAAGGGAGUCUCGCUACCAUGGGAGCCCAGACUUGCUGGACGACCAGGCAGAGCCGACGCUUUACCCACUUCGAUCCAAUCUGGAUGAUAGUGUGGGAGGCGACGUGCUGAAAGCAAUGGUGGUCCAGGUUCAAAUCUGUGAGAAUCACCAAAACGGGAAGGACACUCAUGUAAGAGGAUUCCAGGUGUUCGCGCGCGACUACACGAAUCAUGGCGAAGUGAGGACAACCAAGAAGAUCAAGCAGGGUAAAAUCCAGCCCUCGGAAGCUGACAACGACGUUGUGACAAAAAUUCAUGGGCUCCAACCUGCCGACUGGAUGGGAGAUCCAGAGAUCCGGUAG